UCCCUCACAACAUUCACUUCCUGACAACCACUGCCAAAAGGAAUAACAUGCGCAGCACAUCCCCAGAUUCCAUCAUUUGAAGGGGGCCUGGAAGAAAAUAAAAAAAAUAAAACAGACAAGACAGAAGAAAAAAAGUUAAAACUGCAGCCCAGGUGUUUUGACACUUUUGGAUGUCUGUGUCGCUUACUCGUAUCUUCAGCAGUAAUGGCAACCACUGGAGAGUAAGAGAGGUUGACUGAGGGCAGGUUUUGGGAGGCAGAAGAGGAAUAUCAACCUGUUCAAGCCAAGCCAUAUGCAGUUUUAAUUAGAAGUUUUAAUAACUUAUCAACUUGUUUUAGAUCUAAAUACUUGGGACUGGAUUGAAGUUUAUAAAAAGUACAGAGUGGAAGACAACUUUGCUAAACUUGGACAGAGUGUUCGCAUUGGGUGUGGCUGCAUUGCUGGCAAGGAUUAGGCCAGCCCAACUUGGCUCAGUGGUACGGUUCUGGGCGAUGACAUACGGAGGUCCCCCAGGAUGUUGAGUCUGGAUGGCUUGGAGAUGAUCGCUGUGCUGGUGGUCAUGGCUCUUUUCAUCAAAGUCCUGGAGCAGUUUGGGAUGUUCGAGCCUGUUGGUGGGGAAGACAGCGUUGAAGAUGACUUUGAGUUGUCCACUGUGUGCCAUCGCCCUGAGAGCAUGGACAAGCUGGAGGAGCAGACAAAGUUCACCAAGAAGGAGUUGCAAGUCCUCUACAGGGGCUUCAAAAAUGAGUGUCCGUGCGGAGUGGUUAAUGAGGAGAACUUUAAAAACAUUUACUCCCAGUUCUUUCCUCAGGGAGAUUCGAGUAUGUAUGCACAUUUCCUGUUUGAAGCCUUCGACACCAACAAGAACGGCUCGGUUAGUUUCGAGGACUUUGUUUUUGGUCUGUCCAUCAUCUUGAGAGGGACGAUUAAUGACCGGCUAAACUGGGCGUUUAACCUCUAUGACCUGAACAAGGAUGGCUGCAUCACCAAAGAGGAGAUGCUGGACAUCAUGAAGUCUAUCUAUGACAUGAUGGGAAAAUACACGUACCCCACCAUGAUUGACGAUGCUCCAAGAGAACAUGUAGAGAGCUUCUUUCAGAAAAUGGACCAGAAUAGAGAUGGGGUGGUCACCAUAGAUGAAUUUAUUGAUUCUUGUAAAAAGGACGAGAACAUCAUGCAGUCCAUGCAACUGUUUGACAAUGUCAUCUAAGGAUCUGGACCAGUGAGGAGACUGGCACCAGGGAGGGGAGUGUGCUGGUGGAAAAGGCGUCAGCACUGAAGAGACAGAAAUUGUUUGUGAAUGUCUGUGUAUGUGUGUGUGUGUGUGUGUGUGUGUGUGUGUGUGUAUGUGUGUGUGUGUGUGUGUGU